UACGGUGAACAAUCUGCCGUAAUUCGAACAGUACUGUCGCAAUACAGGCAACCAGCAAACGCCAUUUGCCGCAAAGCUGUGUGCCGAAACUGAAGCGUGGAUGUUAGAGAGAUAGCUAACCAACUAGAUGCAUAAAUAAACAGUCGUCACCCGUGACAUUGACAUCUACGGACAAAGAAGAAUAAAUAACUGUUGACAUUUCGAGAGGGAUCGGGCAGCGAGGAUGUUUAAAAAAUUUGAUGAAAAGGAAAAUGUUUCCAACUGCAUUCAACUGAAGACUUCCGUUAUCAAGGGCAUCAAAAAUCAGCUGUUGGACCAGUUUCCAGACAUCGAAUCAUGGCUUAACCAAAUAAUGCCGAAAAAGGAUCCUGUCAAAAUAGUGCGAUGUCAUGAACACAUUGAAAUCCUGACAGUGAAUGGUGAGCUGCUAUUCUUCAGACAGAGGGAAGGACCAUUCUACCCCACACUCAGACUGUUGCAUAAAUAUCCCUUCAUUCUACCACACCAGCAAGUAGAUAAAGGGGCCAUCAAAUUUGUCCUCAGCGGAGCCAACAUUAUGUGUCCAGGACUGACGUCACCGGGUGCCAAGCUCUACCCGGCUGAGACGGACACAGUCGUUGCUAUCAUGGCAGAGGGAAAGCAACAUGCACUCUGUGUUGGGGUUAUGAAAAUGUCAGCAGAAAACAUAGAAAAGGUCAACAAGGGCAUUGGGAUUGAGAAUGUGCACUAUCUGAAUGAUGGACUGUGGCACAUGAAGACGUAUAAGUAAUCAGCACGGUCUCCUGGACGACCUGCAACUCCAGACUGAGGCCUCUGAGCUGGCAGUCUUCUGUUUACAUCAAUGGACUUAACCCUGUAACUAACUGGUGGAGGCUUUAAUUACGAUGCACAAUAAAAAUCUGCAUUUAAGUCCUUUUCACUUUUACACGUUCCUUUAAGUUGCCACUAACAAAUGUAAGUAACAAUCGAUUUCUGAAUAUUGAAAACCGCUUGUUUCACUUCAAACUAGCAAAAAUGUCAAGUCUUUGAAUUGAAAUCAUACAGCUUUUCAGUAAAGUUCCUUUGGGCUGAUGAAAUCUAGAUCUUUUUUCAUGUUAUCACACUACUGUAUUUUGCAGCAUUGCAUGCUUUUGCUUUUCAAAUAUACUUACAUUGCCUUUCUCAAGGGCUAGAGGCAGUAGUGCAAUAUAGAUUUUAAAACCCUUCUGACUGAAAUAGUUAUGCCAAACAUUUGUCAUUCUCAGGGUUGUGAAAUGACUAAGCCCAGUGUAAGAGGAAAACAAUCAAAUAA